AUGUACAUAUCGCUGAAGCCACAAUGGCCCGGUGCUAUACCAAACGGGCAAUCCACCCGCAACAGAGCACUUCGCUCUGCAUAUCUGGCAAUAACCGUCAAUGAAGGUACAAAAUCAGUCCAACUACCAUUGACUUACCAUUGACAGGCCAGCGAACAAAUCAGCUUACCACCCCGACAGCAGCACAUAUCAAAGUUGCAUUCAUCCUCGAAAUAUUCUCGCAAUGGGUGAUCUAGGACAGGAGAGCAACCCAUCCUUCGUCCUUCGAGCUGUCAAGGAUGUCAAACUCGAAGACAUUCCGAAGCCCACGAUCACUGACCCAUACGAUGUGAUCGUGCACAUUGGCCAAACCGGAAUCUGUGGCUCAGACGUGCACUACUGGCAGCGAGGUCGCAUUGGGGAUUUCAUUCUAGAGAGCCCUAUCGUUCUUGGCCACGAGAGUGCCGGUACCGUGGUCGAUAUUGGUUCCAAGGUCAAGAACCUCAAAGUCGGAGAUCGAGUCGCCAUUGAGCCUGGUGUGCCCUGCCGACACUGCGACUAUUGUCGGAGCGGAUCCUACAAUCUUUGCCCCGAUACUGUAUUUGCCGCGACUCCUCCUCAUAACGGCACGCUGUCCAAAUUCUACAAGACGGCUGCAGAUUACUGCUACCCACUAGCUGACCACUUGACGCUGGAAGACGGUGCGCUUUGCGAACCGGUCGCCGUGGCAGUGCAGAUCUGCAAAGUCGGCAAUGUUCGACCCGGACAGACAGUGGUCGUAUUUGGCUGCGGGCCAAUUGGACUUCUCGUGCAAUGUGUCGCGAAAGCGUAUGCCGCGAAGAAGGUCAUUGGCAUCGACAUGAGCGCCAGCCGUAUGGAACUCGCCAAGUCGGUGUUGAAAUGCGCCGACGAGACUUUCGCACCGCCACGAAUGCCCAAAGCAGACGGUGAAGCUUACGACGCCGACAAGGAGAGCGAGUGGAGUGCGAAAGUCGCGGCACAGAUCAAGGAUGCCUUCAACUUGGGUGAGGGCCCCGACGUCGUGAUCGAUGCGACUGGAGCGCAAAGCUGCAUCCAAACGGGCGUCAACCUGUGCAAGAAAGGCGGGACAUAUGUGCAAGCCGGGAUGGGCAAGGAGAACAUCGUCUUCCCAAUCACGACUGCAUGUAUCCGUGAUCUGACGAUCCGCGGUUCCAUCCGAUACACGGCUGGCGUCUAUUCUGCAGCCGUCGACCUUGUGGCUAGUGGGAAAGUCGAUCCGAAAGUCUUGAUCACGCAUCGAUAUUCAUUCGAGAAGGCAGAGGAAGCUUUCGAAACGGUUCGAAAAGGUGGAGAACAUGUUUUGAAAGUCAUCAUCGAAGGUGUCAAAGACAACUGAGAUGCUAUGUGAAUGAGAGAAGGGAACUAGGAUCAUCUGGGACCAGGAUCCACUCUAGGGGACCCCAGCUCGGCAUCCGCAAUGGACGUGAGCUCCUGCAGUCAAAGAGACGAAAUUGUCUCCGGCUACGAAAACCCCGACGAGCAUGCUCUUUCGCAACGUGACCGGAGUGGCAGUGAUUGGACUCUGUCUCUCUGCGGGGGUCUCUUCUCUGAGGAACCCCGAAGACGACCAGCUUGUCGAAGAAAAUGUAUACUUAUAGACUGCCUUUUACACUUUUCGUGGAUAUCUAUAAGGAGGGCGAUGACUAAUACCACGAUAUACCACGAUAUUGAGAAUAGAUUAUAGAU